UUUUAUUGUCAGACUUCUUUCAGUUUUCUGAAUUAAGAGUCAUGGGUUCUCAUAUUUUGGCACUAGUUUUAGUAGCCUUUUUGACUUGUUUUCAAAAUUCUGAAGCAGCUGAGGAUAAGGAUUAUAUCAAUACCUUGUAUUUUUCACCAGAUAUAGUUAGGUUAAAUGUAGCCAAAAAAAAAUGUGCUAACAGAAAUAUGAGUCUGGUUAUCGUUGACGAGAAAUAUAAGCAUGAUGCCAUUAGAAAAAAACUUACAGAAAUGGUUGACACGCAACAGUUUUAUAUUGGAGGAGACAGGAAAACUAAAUAUGGCGAAAAUCAUUACAACGUCGAAUUUCGAUGGUAUAAUAACGAGAGGCUUGGCUUCAGACAUUUUGGCAAGGGAAGACCUGAUAAUACACUGGACUUUGAAAGAAAUCCUCGUACACAUCUUUCGUUGCAAAACAAUAAAGAAGAUUUAUUAUGGUGGGAUACAAAUAUCAAAUCACCAUUAAGGUACAUUUGUGAAACGCCUAGAACAGAUUAUAUUAAAGGUCCACCUGAUCCGGAAAACGAUUAUAAGAUUAAUUUUACUUAUGUUCGGACAAAAGGAUUUUGGAAAGGUGUAGAAGUAUGCCACUCAAAUUUUAAACAGUGUAUCAUUGGACUGGACAGUAUUGGAAUAAAAAAUAGUUUUCUAACAAUAUUAAGAGCAAACGACGAUAGACAAGAAUACUAUAUUAAUGCAUUUAGGGAAAAUGCAAAAUCUCCAUAUACGUGGGCCGGUACUAAUAUUACAUCAGAUACCGCAUACUGGGGAUCAGGUCAACCUAGUAAAAAGGACAACGAGAAAUGUGUAAAAGUUUGGUAUGAUCCAACAUCAGACGAUUUAAAAUGGACUAGUACCGGGUGUAUGCAGAAUCACUAUGUUGCUUGUCAAGGUGAAGAAAAAACCUGCGGGAAAAGAGAUACAUGCUUUGAUGACAAAAAUUUCCUCAGCAGCCUGUAUUUUUCACAAGAUAUGGGUAAUAUAGGAUUUGCCAAUCAAAAAUGCGCUGAUAUGAAUAUGAAACUUGCCAUCGUUGACGAGGAAUAUAAGCAUAAUGCACUUAAGUGUUUACUUGGGUCGAAACAUGAUACGACACAGUAUUAUAUCGGAGGAGGCAGAAGAAAUAAGGCUGGAGUAGAAGCUGAUAACGCCGAAUUUCGAUGGUUGAAUGACGAAAGGCUAUCCUUCAGACAUUUUAGCAAAGGCAGACCUGAUAAUUCGCACCAAUUUGAUGUACCACUUAGUUUACAACUUUCGUUAAAACAUGAUGGAAAAGAUUUAUUCUGGUGGGAUGAACCACCAAAUGUAAAAUAUGGGUACAUUUGUGAACCACCUAGAAAAGAUUAUGUUAAGGGUCCACCUGAUCCAGAAAACCCAUUCGAGAUUAAUUUUAAUCAUAUUAUGACAUACGGAAUCGAGAAAACUUGGAAAGAAUGCAAAACAGUCUUUCAUAAGAAUAUCAUUAGUCUCGAGACUGAGGAAAUAAAAAAUAGUUUUAUGGAAAUAUUAGUGCAAAACGAUGACAGAAAAUAUUACUUUGUCAAUGCAUACAGAGAAAAUGCACAGUCACCGUUUAUGAGAAUAAAUACUACCACUGUAGCAGAUGACAAAUAUUGGGGAGAAGGUAGUGCCAGAGAUAAAGAUCUCGAGAAGUGUGUACUUGUUUGGUAUGACCCAAAAUUAGGAAAUUUAAAAUGGUCCAGUACCUUCUGUUAUGGGACUCACUUUAUUGCUUGUCAAGCUGAAAUAAAACAAGAUGACUCAGGAAUUUCAGGAGGCGCAGGAGCUUCUGGAAGUGCAGGAGCUGCUGGAGGUAAAGAGGUUUCUGGAAGCACAGGAGCUUCUGGUGGUGCAGGAGCUUCUGGUGGUGCAGAAGCUCCUGGUGGUGCAGGAACAUCUGGUGGUGCAGGAAUUAGUGGUGGCACAGAAACAUCUGGCGGAUCAGGAGUUAGUGGUGGUGUAACAGCUAAUGGUGGACCUAGUGGUAGUGCAGAUAAAAUAAAACAAGAUGACUCAGGAGCUGCAGGAGGCAGAGGAACUUCUGGAACCGCACAAGCUUCUGGAGAAAAAGGAGUUCCUGGAGCAGGAGCCGCUGGUGGAGCAGAAUCUUCUGGUGAAUCAGGAGUUAGUGGUGGUGGAAAAGCUAAUGGUGAAGCUAGUGGUAGUGCUAGUGGUAAAGGAUGUGGGUCUGGUGGAAUUAAAGGUCCAGGAGCGUCUGGUGGUGCAGGAGCGACUGGUGGCACAGAAGCCUCUGGGGGUGCAGGAGAAUCUGGUGGUUCAAAAAUUAGUGGUGUUGGAAAAGCUAAUGGUAGUACAGGUAAAGGGGGCAAGUCCGGUGGAAUUAAUGGUAACGUAGGUGCCUCUGGUAGUGCAGGACCAUCUGGUGGCGAAGGAGCUAGCGGUAGUGGAAAAGCUAACGGUGAAUCUAGUGGUAGUGCAGGUAAAGGAGGCAAGGGCGGUGGAAUUAAAGGCAACAUAGGAGCAUCUGGUGGAGUAGGAGCUCCUGGUGGCGCAGGAGUUUCUGGUAGCGCAGGAGCGUCUGGUAUUGGAGGAAUUUCUGGUAGCGCAGGUGCUGGUGGUGGUGCAAAAGAUAAAGGAGGCAAGGCCGGUGGAAUUAUAGGCAACGUAGGAGCAUCUGGUGGAGUAGGAGCGUCUAGCGGUUCAGGAGUUUCUGGUGGCGCAGGAGCGUCUGGUAUUGGAGGAAUUUCUGGUAGCGCAAGUGCUGGUGGUAAAGCAAAAGAUAAAGGAGGCAACGCCGGUGGAAUUAAAAGCAACGUAGGAUCAUCUGGUGGAGUAGGAGCUCCUGGCGGCAAAGAAAUUUCUGGUAGCGCAGGUGCUGGUGGUGGUGCAAAAGAUAAUGAUAAAGGAGGCAAGGCCGGUGGAAUUAAAGGCAACGUAGGAGCAUCUGGUGGAGUAGGAGCUCCUGGCGGCGCAGGGGUUUCUGGUGGCGCAGGAGCGUCUGGUAUUGGAGGAAUUUCUGGUAGCGCAGGUGCUGGUGUUGGUGCAAAAGGCAAAGGAGGAAGUUUCGCUGGAAGUAAAGGUAACUUAGGAGCCUCUGGUAGCCCAGGAGCAUCUGGUGGUAUAGGAACUUCUGGUGGCGUAGGAGUUAGUGGUGUUGGAAAACCUAAUAAUGUAGCUAGUGGUAGUUCAGGUAAAGGAGGCAACUUUGGUGGAAUUAAUGGUGGCGUAGGGGCUUCUGGUGGCGCAGGAGCUUCUGGAGGCACAGGAUCUGCUGGUGGCUUAGGAGCCUCUGCAGGCGCAGUUGGUAUUGCGUCUUCAGGAGGUACUGCCAGAGCUAAAGGAAACUUAGGCACUAGUUCAAUGGUUGGAAGGCGACGUGCCCCCAUAUAAUUUAGAACUAAUAAGAUUUUAUAUUUAAAGAAUAUUGUUCAAUUAAAUUAAUUAUGGUGAA